AUGCCGUCGACUACACGCGGUGUCCAUCGCUCAACACAACGCGCACCAAUGUCGUGCACUUUAUGCGCAUCUAGAAAGGUCAAAUGCAGCAAAACUAUCCCAUGUCAGGCUUGUUUGAGCCGCGGUACUGCCGCAGACUGCAAACGCGAGGUGGUCAUGGUCCGAGGGCGUGUACGCACCGCCGAUGUGCCAGGCUCCAGUGCCUCGAUAGCCGAAUUGCUUCUCGAGAACGCGCGUCUAUCCGACCUGGUUGAACGAUCAGCUGAUACAGAAAGCUCUAAUGCACCUGCGCUCGAUCUCACAGAGUACCACGAGAAACGUCUCCACGCCGCUGUCGGCCAAGUCUAUCGGCCUCGUACUGUAGCAUCCUCACUGGACAUCGCAUUACCCACGCGACAUUGUAGCAGGGUCUUCGUCGAAUUUGCGGAGAUGUGGACCUCAUGGGUCCACUUCGGCUGCUUUUUCCCAAAUUUUCGAAAGGAACACGACCAGUUUUGGAUGCAGGAUGGCAAUUUGCCCGCUUGGGAUCCGUUGUGGCUGGCACUUUACUUCGCUGUUCUGGCCUCGGCUUUGGUCUUCAUGAGCGAUGAUGACUUUGCGCAAAGUGAAGCUCCUCUUGCCUCACGCAGCCAGUUGACGUGGAACUGGUACAGUGCUGCACUCUUCUACAUGGACCAAGGAGACUUCUCACAGAAGUUACAAAUUCAUGUUGUGCAAGCAAUCGCUGUUCUUGGGAAUGUCGCCUCGACUAUAGGAGAAACGCAUCGACAUUUAAGUCUCUGGGCCGUGGCUAUUCGAGUUGCUCAGCAGCUCAACCUUGGCUGCGACGAGAUGAAUCUGAGCGAAAAUAUUGUCCAGCAAGAGUCUCGCAGACGACUUUGGUGGACACUCGUGAUAUGCGAGUGG